AUGAGUUUAGAAGUAUUCUGGUUCGUGGAUAACCGUAAGGUUUUGAAUGUACAAGACUACAAGUUCAAGGGAAUUUCUAAUGGCUAUCCUACUUUUGACGUCAGUUUAGCCUCUGUGAUACAGCGAAUCAAAAUCAAAUGGUACGAAGAGGAUCUGUGGACAGAGAUAGCUAAGGUCUUGGAUGGAAAAUCUUUGAUGAUGCUUUCAGCAACUAGCAAGUGGUUCCGUAGUAUCAUUAUGGAGGACAGCAUAUGGAAAUAUGCAUGCUUGCGAGACCUCCAGGUUCCCGAUCCUGGAAAAGUAUCUUUCAAAUGGAUCAACUUAUAUGCAGCAGCCUUUAAUGGAUGCCACUCUUACAAGUUCCGCCAGCAGGAGAAGCAUAUUGACUGGAUGCGCAUUGGAGCAUUUUCCUUUGACUCGCAAAAUGCACUCCUGACAAAUAAUUUGAUCCUUCCCUUGAAAAUCCAUAAGGAGAAGACAACAGAGAAGAUGUUGGAGUCAAAUGGGUGCUGUGUGGUCAGAAAUAUCAAGAGUGGAAUCUGGAUUGCUGAUUUGCAGCUUGUUCGUUGUCCAGUCUGUGACCUCAACACAUGUGAUGGAACAAUGCAGGUAUUAGAUGCAAGACAUAUUGAACUGUUCCUAAGUGAAGGAUACCAGGAUGGAAGCUGGGACUAUGAAUUGCUGGGUUCCCACGAUGUGAAGAAGCAAGCUGAUGGAGCAUCUGCUGGUAUAUUUGAUAUCAAACAUCUCAAAGACUGCUCAACUUCUGCUGUCCUUAAUCUCAAGUCAUGGGUAGGAAAGCCCAAGGAUUGGCAACCAAAAGCUAUGAUAGCCCCUUAUGCAGUUGCAGUCAACACAAAUUUGCAAGAGAAUGAAGGUCUUCACAUAAAAUUCCAUACCAUGAAGUCCGGGAAGAAUGGUGAAAUUGUUUCAAUGAGAAUAUGUGAGCAGCUCCUGUGAUUUUGUCAAAUUCUGCCAAGUCUAAUCUUACUGUCUACAAAACCAUAGUUCAUUUUUCCAGCAAAUAUCAGCUAUAACUCCAUAAAUACAACAAGCAGCCCACUAUCGACAAGUUUCAGAUGGGUUGUAAGUU